AUGCUGGCUGGCAGCUGCAGCCCCACGCAUCCCAUCUGCUCCACCUCUUCACUGCCGCAACUUCCAACCUUCUCAUGUAUGUCACUCAUUUUAAGUAUCCUUGACGAUGUGGAGGUGUUCGAAAAACAGAAAGCUUUUGAGUUGGAGGAACUGAUGACCAUAUCAGACUUUUUCAACCACCUCAUUUAUGAAACGGUUCUCUUAAUGUCCGAGCGUAAGUCGACUCCCCGCGCUCUUAUGUUGGCCUGUCGCCACUUCUAG